GUCGGGAAAUGAUUUUAAACUGGAGGGCGCUGUUAGCCACGCAACCGUUUCUCAGUCGUGGAUAUCUGCUGCGUUCUUGAUCUCAGGACGGCUCAGUUGGAAUAGUUAAGAUGCCCUUUCGGGUUUUGCCCUUUUCCCUGUGCAGGCAGAAGCUGGCUCCGCAAGAGUGAAGGGCACGAAGCUGGGCGGCUAGGGGAUUUUAGUAUAGACGUAGUUUUGGAGCCGAACUUGAAGAAUUAUUCGUGAAUCCGGAAUGGGUGACAAAGUCACCGCGACAAUUUAUUGACUAUGGAUACUUCUGAUGCACCAGAAUCGACUCCUAGACAAAGUACAACCUCAAGUCUUACAGAUUACUUCAUAGGUACCACCCCGCUGCAGAAACGAUUGGAAUCCAUCAGGAAGCAGGUCUCAGUUCUCCCCACCCCACCUCGAAGGAAAAUUCCGCAGGGUUCAGGGCUGCAGGAAAAUGUUGAUCCUCAGAAGGUUGCAUUCCUUCUGCAUAAACAGUGGACUUUGUAUAGCUUAACUCCUCUAUAUAAAUUCUCCUAUGCUAAUCUCAAAGAGUAUUCAAGACUUCUGAGUGCGUUUAUUGCCGCUGAAAAGCAGAAAGGACUUGCUGUGGAAGUGGGAGAAGACUUCAGCAUCAAAGUGAUUUUCUCUACUCUCCUAGGAAUGAAAGGAACACAAAGGGAUCCAGAAGCAUUUCUCGUCCAGAUUCUGUCAAAAUCUCAAUUGCCACCUCAGAACAGAGAAGUAUAUAGGAGAACAUGGCGGACAGAUAACAGCAACUACCGGAGGCUCUCUGAAAGACUCGGCUCAGAAGCCAGGAAUGGUGCGGACUAAGGAGACAUAAGCAGGUGGAGAUAUGCUCUGCUGACUCAGGAACGAACUGGGCUGAGAGAAACCAACUUGGUAUGCAGUCCUGGUGCUAAAACAGGAACAGAAAAGCCUUGGUGUGGAGGCUGGAUUCCGCGCCAUUGUAAGCCGCGAUUUGGGUUUCCCGCCGCGCGGCGGCUGGCUGCCUCUACAGUGGCCUGGCAAGAAGAGAGACGCGCAGAAGCUCUGAGAACGGCAAUCUGCGAACGGCAGGGAGGCGUGCACUGACUUGUGGUGAGGUGAGUGAGAGAAACUGACACUCUACCACAGUUUGACUCCAGCAGAGGACUUUCUGGGCCCGAGCAGUCCUGCAGGAGCAGGGCGCGGUGGCGACUCCAGCCACACAUCCCCCUCUCGAGCGGGAUUGGUGAAAAGUGCCUGGCUUGCGUGACGCUGCCGGCAGACCUGGUAGACUGUCCCAACCCAGAUCCCAGAGCCUGACGGUGGCCCGGAGGGGAGACGCGUAGGCUGCCUGGUCCGUAACUCCCUGGUGCGCAGCGGUGAGCGGGAACACCUAACUGGUGCAAUUCGAUCAGGCUGUGGCUGACUGGGAGAGAAGCUGGGCCUCCUAUAUAAGCUUGCAUAUAUAAGGAACAGAGAAGAAGAGGCAGCAUGGGAAGAGGCAGCAACAAGAAAGGCUCCUCGGCCCCCAAUUCUAAGAAACAGGCAAUAGCAGACACCGCACCAAUACACAUAAGGCACCAUAUAGAGAGCCUCAUAGACCAAUUCAGGAAUGAAGUUAUCAACGACCUGAAGCUAGAAGUAUGCAGAAUAGUUAGAGAAAUGCUAAGUACCACCCAGGAAAAAACAGGUGGUGGAAUGGAAGAACAGAAAAAAAGGGGAGAAUUGUUUGAUGGAGAAAACAGAAAGCAUAGAAUACGUGAAGCAGGUUCAAAGGGACUACCAAGAUACUAAGAAGUCUAUCGAAGACUGGCAUAACAGCUUGAAAGAAACUAAGGACAGACUAUCUGAACUGGAGGGCAGACUUGUAAUAUGGGAGAAUGAAAUGAAAAACUUCUUAAAAAUAACAAAGAAACAAAUAGCAGUAAUACAAAGACAAGAAGAUGAUAAGAGGAGCCAUAACUUAAGGAUUAAGAACAUAAAAGAAGAAGUAGGGACACAAACAAGUGAACUACAAAAGCUACUCACAGAAAUAAUCCAGGAGAAUUUUCCUAAUUUAGCAAAAGGUAAAGAAACUCAGAUGUAUGAGGCAUACAGGACCCCAGCUACCUACAACCCAAACAGAGCAACACCCAGGCAUAUAAUAAUAAAAAUUCCAGAAAUUCAAUACAAGAACAGAAUAUUAAAAGCUGUCAGAGACAAGAAACAGACCACUUACAAGGGAACACCCAUCAGAAUUACAGCAGACUUCUCUGCACAAACCAUCAAAUCACGAAGAGCAUGGGGGGAAAUAAUUCAAGCUUUGAAAGAUAAUAAUCUCCAGCCAAGAUUGAGAUAUCCUGCACAACUGUCCCUGGAAAUUGAUGGAAAAACGAGGUGCUUCCAGGAUAAAGAGGAACUGGGGGAAUUUGCAACCACUAAUUCAACCCUACAGAAAGUAUUGCAGGAUAUUCUAAAAAAAGAAAAAUACAAAGAACCCAGAAAUAGUGGCGGGGAGGCCACAACGAAUGGAGCAGAGAACAAAAUGAAGAAGACAAACUGACAGCUACUGACAGAAAAAGAGCUCAACAGAAAUGAGGCAGAGAAGAUUGGAUGAUAGGAACAGCUAUUUUGGAGAAAAUGACAUCUUAAUAGGUAAUACUGAUUUAGUACCAUCUUGUUUUGAAGUCUCAUCUAGCUUUUGUUCUUCUGUCUCCAAUGGUCUAAACAGGUUGUAUCUUAUUGGAUUUUAUUAUGUACAAUAGUAUAAGCAAAAACCUUUUAAAGACAAGGAGAUUAUACAGAAACCAUUGUUCAUUUUCUGUUAGUCGAUUCUAAAUACUCUGUAAUGCUGUCAUUCUCUUGAAUGGUUUUACAUUGUUUUGAUAUACUUAAUGCUACAGUAUACGAAGUUGUACUCAAGGAUGUCAAAGAAAGAAACAAUAUGGUAACUACUUUUAGGUUAGGAUUAUCUGGUGGUGAAACACUAUUCUGCUUAAAUGGUUAUGUUUGGAUCUGCGCUGUUUCGUUGUUAUGCCCUCUUUUAUCUCAAUCUCCACUCCAUUAUUUACUUUUUUAUCUUUAUCCUUUUAAUUAAAGGAAAAAAAUAGCAGGAUAUAUUAUAGUAACCCACUUUGACUUUCUAUUAUCUCGAUUUGAAGCCCUGUAUUACUCUCACCAUCUGGUUUUUAACUGAUGUUCCCCUAUUCUGUUUUGCUGGAUAGUAUCAGGUUCGAAAGUUUAGGCAUCAACUGUGAAGAUAAUGAGAUUCAUUAUGACGCCCAUUCUUGUUGACUUUUAUCUACUUUUGAAGACCUACAAUGUCUCCAAUGUUUUGGUUUUGUCGGUUUUAUUCUUUACUGUUUUGUUCAAUUGUAUUAUAACUAACCAUAUAGGCAAUUCUAUAUAGCGGGAGGCAUUAUGGUAACCAUUGUUGAUCAUCUUGUAUUAUGUUUUUACAUUAUCUAUUAUGUCCACCCUUAUGACUUGACCAAUUCUGUUCUGUUAUGUCACAUUUGGUUUUACUCUCUUCCAAAAAAGUAAUAAGAACCGUGGGAGCAAUGAAACCCAAAAUGUGUAAUAGUCAUGGUACAAAAGAGAGGAAAAGAAAGUGCUCCAAACUAUAUAACUGCAUGUAUAUUUAAGUGUAUAAGAUAGAAAAUGAUAUCACAGAGUUUUAUUGGAUCAAUGAACAGAACUGUUUUUAGUAUCAUUGAUGGAAUGUCCACUUUACAAGCUUUAAUUUUGUGACUUGAACAAUUAUUUCUAAGAUGACAAUAUGUAAUCCAUUAACUAGUGAUUUCCUACUGUUCAUUUUUUUUUCUGUAAAUCUGUAUAACUUGUACCCUUUCCCUGCUUUUUUUUUCUUUUCUCCUUAAAUAAAAUUAAAAAAAAAAACCAAAAAAAAAAAAAAAAAAGAAA